UCAGCUGGAACAUCUGGACGUGUGAUUGGCCUAAGGUCGAUGAGGGGCAGGUUGGCCCCGCCCUCAUCCAGAUGUGCGUCUCGCUCCAGUGUCCUUAGUCCACUGCUGGCUGCAGCAGAGUGCGGAGCGUCGUGAAGUCAACAGGAGGGUGCGCAUGGGUCCAGUUAAAGUUCCAAAAGCGAGGCGCACGCAGACUCUCGUCGCUGAGGUGCUUUUUUCAGUCGGAUGCCACCCAUUCUGACAUGCGUUGAUCAUGUUUUGUGAUCUUCACGGUAGACUUCACCCUGGAGGAGUUAGAUCUACCUGAGCGGGUUAAGAUGCAGAGCUAAUGGAGACAGGCAGGGCUGAGCGCGGUGCCACUCCAGCGCGCUGAGCACAGAGCCACAGAGCCUCAUUCAGUGCGGAGCGCAGUCUGCCGCAUGACUUGUGCAUCUUUUCUCUGCGCUGCAACUAUUUCUGGCUCAAUUUUCACCAAAGAAGCCGGUUUUGUUUUCCUUGCAGCUUGAUGGGGAUCACACCUCUCACCACAUGCGUCUGACUACGGCGUGAGGUGUACCGCAAGACCGAGACGAGCGACCUGCAGGGGCGUGCAGUUAAUUGAAAUCGAUCCAGUGGUUGUUUUUUUUUUUUGAAUGUGAAGCGGCAGAAGAGGUCAUUUCUCCUCUCCUCCUCCUUCUCCCCCUCCUCUUACCUACAACAUGACUUCACUGUCGGGGACUAGGGAGAGGAGCAGCCGGAGCAGAAAACAUGGGAUGCCUGACUCCUCCCCAACAAAAUCGGCCUCCAUUUUCCCAGACACAUGGUGCCGAAAGGCCUACGAGGAAACCAGCCGCUCCGGCACUCGUCCAGCGCCAGAGGGAGCUGGCUCCAUGCCCAGCUCCACUGGUACCCCUUCCCCAGGCUCAGGGAUCUCAUCGCCAGGAUCCUUCUCUGGAUCUCCAGGAACCAUUUCCCCAGGGAUUGGCACUGGAUCACCGGGUUCUCUCGGUGGCUCUCCGGGUUUUGGGACAGGAUCGCCGGCCUCGGGGAGCGGAAGUUCACCUGGAAGUGAAAGGGUGAUAUGGUGUGAGAACUGCAACACGCGUCUGACAGAGCUGAAGCGUCAAGCACUGAAACUGCUCAUCCCAGGCCCGUACUCCAGCAAGGAUCCAUCCUUCUCACUCCUCCUCCACGACAAGCUUCAGGUGCCCAACAGUUCUCGGCGCGCGUGGAACGAGCGCGACAGUCGUUGCGAUGUCUGCGCUACUCACCUCACUCAGCUCAAACAGGAAGCUGUGCGCAUGGUCCUCACCCUGGAUCAGUGGGAUCUGUCUCCCACUUCUUCGCCUCCAGCUCGAUACGCAUCUCAUGGACCUCCAGGACCAGCAGGCGCCUCGGGACCGCCAGGAGUUCCAGGUUCACGUGAAUGGGCUCCUUCGGUUCUCCCAUCCUCUUCUGUGACUGCUCCAUACACUCCUCUCUCAUCUUCGCAGUCGCCUUCUCCAAGCCCCAGUCAGACCCCGACACCGAGCCCGAUCCAUGGACAGUCUACCCCCAGUCAAGGGAGUCCCUCAGGGGGGCAAACGUCCAGCUGUGGUCCCACAACUCAACAGCUCCAAGGAUCAGGACACAGACUGGGAUCCAAACCCAGCUCCUUGGGUCUGGGAGCGGGGGUGGACCGAAGGAAUGGCUCGCCCAGCUCAGGGAAAGCCGGUGCCCAGCAGCAACCAGUGAGCAGUGUAAGCAGUCCCAGUAAUAACAGUGGGGGAGCGGUUCUGAGCGCAGCGGCUCUGCAGGCCCAUCAGCACCAGAACCGGACUAAUGGAGGAGUCACUCUGUAUCCAUACCAGAUUUCCCAGAUGAUCUCUGACGCCUCAAGAGAAGGAGGGACUGAAGCGGCCCUGAACCGCUACAACUCUCACUCUCCUGCGCGCGCAAACUCUCCGUCACACACAAACUCUCCCUCCAACACGCCGGCUGUAACCACCUCGGCACCGACUGCCACUUCUGCAGCUGCCUCCUUCUUCGCCAGAGCUGCUCAAAAGUUGAACUUGACAUCGAAGAAGAAGAAACAGAAGACCACCACGGUUGCAGCCCCUCUGACAUCAUCUCCGUCCUCGUCCUGCGACCCUCAUCUGUUCCCGACUAACUUCAGCUCUGCUUUGGUGACGAUGCCUCCACCUGCUCCACCUUGUCUUCUUCGAGCAGCAAACAAGAUCAAAGAUACGCCCGGCCUCGGAAAGGUGAAGGUGAUGGUCAGAGUUUGCCCAACGUCUCAGUCUGAUGCUGCAGAGUCCAGUUCCUUCUUGAAAGUGGAUCCCAGAAAGAAACAGAUCACCAUCAUGGACCCGUCGGCCAACCAGACACCGAAUGCUGCCUCCCAGAAAAGAGCAGGAGUCAAUCAUGCCCCGCCAAAGAUGUUCACCUUUGAUGCUGCAUUUCCUCCAGAUGCAUCACAGGCGGAGGUGUGUGCAGGAACAGUGGCUGAGGUCAUCCAGUCGGUGGUGAACGGAGCCGACGGCUGCAUCUUCUGCUUUGGACACUCCAAACUGGGAAAAUCGUACACAAUGAUUGGUCGUGAUGACUCUCUUCAGACCCUGGGAAUAAUCCCCUGUGCCAUCUCCUGGCUCUUUAAACUCAUCAAUGAGAGGAAGGAGAAAACAGGAGCGCGCUUCUCUGUUCGAGUCUCUGCUGUGGAGGUUUGGGGAAAGGAGGAAAACCUGAAGGAUUUGCUGUCUGACGUGGCUACAGGAAGUCUGCAGGACGGCCAGUCGCCUGGAGUUUAUCUGUGUGAGGAUCCAAUCUGUGGCAUGCAGCUCCAAAACCAGUCGGAGCUCCGUGCUCCCACCCCAGAGAAGGCGGCCUGGUUCCUGGAUGCGGCCAUCACAGCUCGCCACAGCAGCCAGCGGCCCAGCACCACAGAAGAAGAACACAGGAACUCCCACAUGCUCUUCACGUUGCACAUCUACCAGUACCGCAUGGAAAAGACAGGCAAAGGAGGGAGUGAGUACUCUAUGCUAGGAAAACAUUAUUACCAUUGAGAUGCGUUUUCCUGCAGCAGAUCUAGUUUUUCAUUUUAUUGAGGAAAAGAAAGUUUGUCUGAAAUAUGAUAUUCAGAUCUGUGUGUUAUAAAUGCAAAUCUGUCACCAGUAUGCCACUGUGUGAUCUAUUAAUAAUAAUUCAGUGCUUAGAGAAUAACAGUCUGAUAACACAAUCACACUGAGUCACUGCAUGUGACUGAGACAGAGUCUGACACUUCUCAUGCACAAAAUGUGUGCGCAUUAAUGUACUUGUCAGUGUUUCCUAUUCAGAGCUAUUUCCGAGUAUAAUAACUCUUCUAAGAUCACCUGCCGUGUGGGACCAAAGCUCAGUCGUAACGCAGCAUAAUACAGAUUUUUUUAAAUUGUUCGAGUUUGCUGAAAAUUACUUCUAGUUUAAGGGACGGAUUAGGAAUGUAGUGGUAACUGUUACAGUUAGCACAGUGUUAGCAUUAAGCAAAAAUGUAUCAAAUGCUAGUAGCAUGUGGAGACUAGCAUGUCAUGUUGAUCUCCAGUAAUAUACCAAACAUGCUAGUAACACCCCACAUGCUACUGACUGCAUUUUAUCAAAUCAUAGCACUGUUGCUAAUUUUUAGCAUAUACAAUAUUGUUUGCUAAAUAGAGUAAAUCCAUAUUAGAGAACAUGCUAUUAAUCCCCAACAACUAUUGACUACAUCUUAGCUAGCAUUAGCAUUGUUGCUAAUUUAAGCUUCUACAAUGUUAGCAUACUAAAGGGAGUAAACCAAGAAUAGUCAACAUGCUAUUAAUCCCCCAACAACUAUUGGCUACAUCUUAGCUAGCAUUAUUAUUGUUCUUAUAGUGUUGUUGCUAACUUUAGUUUCUUCAAUAAUGUUUUCAUACUGAGAAGGGCAAGACAAGGUUUAUCUACUUGCUACUGACAACCUACAUGCUGUUGACAUCAUUUUUGGCUAACCUUAGCAUUUUAGUUACAUUUAACUUAUACACUGUUGUUGAAAUACAAAAUGGAGUAAGUCAAUGAUAGUCAACUUGUUACUGACAGCAUUUUAGCUAAGCCUGGACAUUUUCAUCACAUACAACAGACAGACACAAACUAUCUGUUGUCUUAACCAGUUUAUGCUUUGACACUCAAAUCAGCUCCACUGAUGCCUCUGAUUCAAGUCUGAUAUGGACACUUUGACAGGCUCCUUUAGAAUUUAUUUUAAAAAGUAGUAAAUAAACUUAAGGAAGUCAAUUAAAAGUCUAAUUGUGGUCAGCAAUAAAUACGCGUGUGUGUGUGUGUGUGUUAGCAUAAUUGUCAACAUGCAUGAUAGGAAGAGACACAGAGAUUAGGGAUGAAUAACUGUAAUGUGGUCAUCAUUUUGCUUUCAGCUGACCCUGGACUUCAUUUGCUAAAAUGUCUUUUAUUGCAAACACAUUUUGAUAUUUACUCAGUUUUCCCCAUUUUGGAACUUGGAAGCAAAGCACAUUGACGAAAACAUUCCUUUUGGUUUAAUCUUAAUCCAUUUGUCAUUAUGCUUCAAUAAAAAAGAGUUUGUUAGAGUUGUUUGAAUCUUAUCUUAAGAGCUGCAGCUUCACCAUCAAACUCACUAAAUUGUCCUGUUGGAUUGGGCAGGGAUCCAUUCUUUGUUCUCUUUUUAAAAGCUCCAGUUCAGUUUCAUCCUAGACGAAAAUCAGAUAUCAUUCCACUAAUCUUAAAUCUACUUGAUUGUAAGCAGGAGAGAUAAAGCCCCACUGAAUGCUUUGCUGGACGGCUUUAAAUAAUGGAUGAAAUGUAAAACAGAUGCAAGAUGUUUGGGAGUACAUAACCUCCCCAACU